AUGCCGUUAUUCGGAAAGCCCAGGAUUACUCCGCCAACACCGGCAAGUGGUGGUCUGCUGUUGGCAAAGAAUCACACAUUGCCGCAACAAAAGCCACUCAUAUGGCUGGGAGAAGGGUCACUCCCCGAUAUAUCGCUGGUGCAGAUUGUAAAGGAAUGUUGGCGUUACAACCUGGACUCGAGCACCGGUCUGAUUGAGCCCUUGGCCAGCAGCCGCCAGAGGAUAUCUUUGAAAUCAAUGCACGACACGACGCAACUAUUAUUUUCCAGUCUGGACCAACUAUUCUUCUAUGGCAGCUUGACCCGGCAUCCACUGCCCAUAUCGCCACCACACCACCGACUCUUUCCGAAUCACAAGAGAAGCCGGCCCCUCAUCAUUCUCGAUGCGCGGAGCAGCAAUGCCAAUAGUACAAUUUCCUAUUACGAUCAUGUGACGAGAACCAUUCACUUUCGUGCUCAGAGGGGAGGCAUUCAGCGGACAGACUUACUCAAUCUACUUGUGCAUGAAAUGAUUCAUGCCUAUAUACAAGUCUUUGCCGCGCAACCAGCUUCUUCCAUGUCAGCGGCCAAGGAGAUGGAGAUCUUCAUCGUCGAGUCCAUUAGUCCUCGCCUGACGAGGCGCCUCAAGACGAAAAGGAGACAAAAGUUCCCUCCCGUCAUCGAGGGAGGAGCGGGAGUCGCCGCCGCCGCCACAAGUUCUGCGAGCGGUCGCGAGAGAACGGGCAGAGCUUGGAUAGUCGGCACCGCCGAGGGAUGCCAGUCUGACGAGCCAUCCAUGUGGACGUCGGAGACUUUGAGAGCGAUUGAAGCCUACUGGGAUACGAUCUAG